UGAAAACCUGGCCCGCCAGUUGGUGGAGCUAGGCUACCGAGGGACCGGGGAGAUAAUGAAAAGGGAAGAUUUUGAAGCAAGAAAGGCAGCUAUAGAGAUUGCAAGGCAGGCUGAAAGAACUCAGAAAAAGAUGUGGUCACCAGAUAGAAGAACUUGAGAUGGACUAGAAGACCUUGAGAUGGACAGUAGCAUGCUCAACGUGUUAGAGACUUCAUCGUUUGUGGGCAGCGCAGGAUUGGACAGAGGGAGAAGUGGAGGUGUUGUGCAUAUCAUUGUAAUCCUCAGCCAAACAUGUGUGGAACUCUCUGAAGUUGUUCAUAGCUGUGUAUGGUAGGGUAUAGAGGAAUAAGUCAGGAGAAUGUGGCAGCAUUCUUUAUUCUUGUGUCAGGCAGUCAUAGGAUGUAGCGAUCUGGUACACAAGAGGCAAGCACACGUUCUUUUAAACCCAUGGAAAUCUUCCACAGGGGUCUGAGAUUUGAGUGUUGCCUGCCAACAGCAGUCCCAGAAACCAUCGAAAUAAGUUGUUUCUGUAAAGACGAUCUGAAUGUCACUUAACAGUAUUCACCCCAUCUAAUUCUUAACUCUCUAGGUAACUCUUCUAACUAGGUGAUUUUGUCCUCUCCUCACUCUAAUUCGUAUAUCAUUGAGUCUCCAAGCCAUAUUUUGCAGCUCAGACCCUACUCUUGAGUUCUAGGUCCAGAAAUACAACUGCCCUCUUGUUGUUUCUUUCAGUAUUACCUUUAGCACCUCAAAUUCCAUAAUAUAAGAAUGAAAUUAUUUUCUUUCUCAGUCUCUGCUACCAACUCUAUUACUUUUCUCAGGUAAUAAAAUUAUGAUCCAUUCUACCACUCAAGCUAUAAAUAUGGGAGAAAAUAAUAUCAGUGAUUCCUAAUCUGGAAAUUUAAUAAUGGAUUCUCAGAUUAGUGAACUCCUGAUUGAUUUGAUGUUUGUAUUCUAUGUUUGUAGCAUCUUAAGUGUGUGUUUUAAUGGACCAUGGAUUUUUAGAUUUUUGAAGUAUUUUGUGAUACAAAAAAAUUAAGCAGCAUUUUAAGACAUUAUUUCUUUUAUAUAACCUCAUUCUAUAACAUGCCAUCAAGUUUUAUUGAUUCUCCCUACUGAUAUAUUUUUAUCAAUAACUCAAUCCUUUUCUUUAAUCACUUAGUCUGUCUUAUAUGGGUUAGUGACCAUCGUUUUAUUCCCCCCCCCCACAGAAGCUUUUUAUUUAAGAAAAACAACUUCUUGCGUUUCAUAAAUGCAACUUCAGGAAUAUAGUGAUUCUUCCUACCAUAUCUACCUUCCCACUCACACUCCCACCACUGUUCUUCCUCCUUCUCCUAUUCCUAUUCUAUGUUUUACUAGCAUCUAUUUUCAAUUAACUGUAUACACAUACAAUUAACUCUAUACUAAGUAAAGAGCUCAACAAAUUGUAUGGACAAAAAAAACCUGUUCCUUAACAGUUGAGACAAGGGCUUUUCAAAGUCAUUGAAUCUUGAAGAGUCAAUCCCACUUCUACAGUGGUUUUUGAUAUGUGUUUCCCUGAUAGCUAGUGAUUCUGAGUAUUUUUUCAUGUGUCUGUUGGCAAUUUGGAUAUCCUCUUUUGAAAAAUGCCAGUGUAAAUCCUUUGCCCAUUUCUUAACUGGGUUUUUUGUUUUGUUGUUGUUGAGUUUCUUGAUCUUUCAUAUGUUCUGGUUAUUAACCCUUUUUUUUUUAAUUUUUGACAGGCAGAGUGGACAGUGAGAGAGAGAGACAGAGAGAAAGGUCUUCCUUUGCCGUUGGUUCACCCUCCAAUGGCCGCCGUGGCCAGCGCACCGUGCUGAUCCGAUGGCAGGAGCCAGGAGCCAGGUGCUUUUCCUGGUCUCCCAUGGGGUGCAGGGCCCAAGCACCUGGGCCAUCCUCCACUGCACUCCCUGGCCACAGCAGAGGGCUGGCCUGGAAGAGGGGCAACCGGGACAGAAUCCGGCGCCCCAACGGGGACUAGAACCCGGUGUGCCGGCGCCACUAGGCGGAGGAUUAGCCUAGUGAACCGCGGCGCCGGCCCUGGUUAUUAACCCUUUAACAGUUGCUUAGUUUGCAAAUAAUUUCUCCCCUUCUGUCAGUUGUCUCUUCACUUUGCUGAGUAUUUCUUUUGCAGUGCAGAAGUUUCUCAACUUGAUGUAGACUAUUUAUCAAUUUUGGCUUUGAUUGCCUGUGCCUCUGGGUCUUUUCCAAGAACUCUUUGUUUAUGCCAAUGUCUUGCAGGCUUUCCCCAAUAUUCUCUAAUAAUUUGAUGGAAUCGGGUCAUAGAUUUAGGUCUUUAAUCCAUUUUGAGUGGAUCUUUGUGUAAGGUAGGAGUCUUGCUUCAUACUUCUGCAUGUGAAGAUCCAGUUUCCCAGCACCAUUUGUUGAAGAGACUGUCAUUGCUCCAGGGGUUGAUGUUAGCUCCUUUGUCAAAGCUAAGUUGGUUGUAGUUGCAUGGGUUGAUUUCUGGAGUUUCGAUUCUGUUGCAUUGGUCUACAAGUCCGUUUUUGUGCCAGUACCAGGCUAUUGGAUUAUAACUGCUCGGUAGUAUGUUUUGAAAUCAGUUAUUGUGAUGCCUCCAGCUUUGUUUUUAUUGUAUAAGAUUGCUUUAGCUAUUCAGGGUCUCUUGUGUUUCCAUAUGAAUUUCAACAUUUUUUCUAUAUCUGAGAAGAAUGUCUUGAUAUUUUGAUUGGUAUCACAUUGAAUCUGUAAAUUGCUUUUGGUAGUACGAACAUUUUGAUGAUAUUGAUUCUUCCAAUCCAUGAACAUGGAAGAUUUUUUUUUUUCAUUUUUGUAUGUCUUCUAUUUCUUUCUUUAAUCCUUUGUUAUUCUCUUUGUAGGGAUCUUUGACAUCCUUGGUUAAAUUUAUUCCAAGGUAUUUUAUUUUUUUGUAGUUAUUUUGAAUGGGAUUGAUCUUAGAAGUUCUUUCUCAGCCAUGGCAUUGUCUAUGCAUACAAAGGCUGUUGAUUUUUGUGAGUUGAUUUUAUAUCCUUCAACUUUACGAAACUCUUUUAUGAGUUCUAAUAGUCUCUUUUUUUAAAGCAUGCAUUUUUUAGUGGUGUUAGUCUCUCUCUUUUUUGAAAGCAUGCAUUUUUUAGUGGUGUUAUAUGGAAGGAUUUUUUUUAAAGAUUUUAUUUAUUUAAUUGAGAGGUAGAAUUACAGACAGUAAGAGGGAGAGACAGAAAGAUUUUCCAUCCACUGGUUCACUCCCUAAAUGACCACAAAGCCAGAGCUGGGUAGAUCCAGAGUCAAGUGCUUCCUUCCAGUCUCCCACAUGGGUGCAGGGAGCCCAAGUGUUUGGGCCCUCUUCUGCUUUCUCAGGCCAUAGCAGAGAGCUGGGUCAGAAGAGGAACAGCCAGGACCAGAACCAGUGCCCACAUGGGAUACCAGCGCUGCAGGCAGAGGACUAAUCUACUGCACCACAGCAAUGGACCACCAAUAAUUUCUUUUUUUUCUUUUUUUUAAAGGAUUUUAUUUCUUUAAUUUGGGAAGUAGAGUAACAGACAGUGAGAGGGAGAGACAGAGAGAAAGGUCUUCUGUCCGUUGGUUAACUCCCCAAAUGGCCAGAGCUGCACUGAUUCAAAGCCAAGAGCCGUGCUUCUUCCUGGUUUCCCUUGUGGGUACAGGGACCCAAAGACUUGGCCCAUCCUCUACUGCUUUCCCAGGCCACAGCAGAGAGCUGGAAUGGAAGAGGAGCAACCGGGACUAGAACUGGCACACAUAUGGUAUGCCUGCGUUGCAUGCGGAGGAUUAACCCACUGCACCUCAGCACUGGCCCCCCAAUAGUCUUUUAGAGAGUCCUUUUGAUCCCCUAUAUAUAGAAUCAUGCCAUCUGCAAAUUGGGGUGGUUUGACUUUCUCCUUCCCAAUUUGUUCCCAAUUUGUAUCCCUUUGAUUUCUUUUUCUUGCCUAAUGGCUCUGGCUAAAACUUCCAGGACUAUUUGGAAUAGCAAUGGUUGUCGCUUGCUCCGCAGGCUCGCGGAGGAGUGGCAACGGAUUUGCUGUUGUUUCUUUCCCUGGUCCUCCCCGGAUUAGCUGCCCCCCCCUCCCCCGCCGCCUCCACGGAGGGGCGGCCUGCCAGCCGGAUCUCUCAGGGGUUCCUCAGAUGUUCCUUCUGCAUGUUGUCUCUCUCCUCCUUUAGUCCUCUUCCACCAAUCCCAGCUCUGCUGGCGUUCUCUCCCCACGCGCUGAGCACGCUGCUCUCCUCCAAUCAGGGGCAGGAUCAGCUCCUGCAGCUUGUUAGUCGAAUUGGUGAGGCAGCUGUGUGGAAGUUGUUUACUCCCUCUCAGCGCCAUAUGGUGGGAGAUCAGAUGCAUAGAGUUAGUCUUAGCAGUUCCAGUAGUUUAGUCUAGUCUCAGUAAUCUCAGUAUUUGUCCUCAGUAUUUAUUUGUCCACAGUCUUAGUACUUAUUUGUCUCCCGGGCGACAGGCCCUGCCAUCUUACGGGAGACGGGCCCUGCUCCCCACAAAUGGUGACAGUGGGCAUCCUUCAGUCUUGCCUUCAAUUUUAAUAUCAUCAUCACCCUGUACUCUCUUCUUUUUCCCUUUCCUAGUCAGUCUUCUAUACUCUUGCCAAUUUAAUAUUUUUAUAGUGAAAAUAAUACCAAGACCUUCUCUUAUCUGAAUUAUAACAUCAGCUUAAAAGCAUGAUUGCAUGAUUCCUAGCUUCCUAAGCAUGCUGUACAAGACUCUGUGUGGUUUAAAAAUCUGUGGAGCUAUGCCACCUUUGCUUUUGUCACCUCCCCUUAUAUCUCAGGUAGCAGCAACUGACUCUGUACAGUGCUUUUCCACUUCCCUGUGUAUUUUGUAUUUUAUCAGUGCUGUUCUCUUUGCUUGGAUCACCUCACUUUGUGGCUAUCUUAUAGAGUUUAUGUCUUUCCAAUCAAAGUAUUUUUCUUCUAGGCAACCUCUUCAUUCAUCUAAGAUGCUACUUUGUAGCACAGAUGAGUUGUGUCUGCUGGUGAAAAUGUCAGAAAAUUGUAAGAUAUACUGUCUACUAGUUCAGCAUUGCUCAGAGCACUUAGGAUUGUUUAGUUACUUCUAGUCAUCUGCUCACAACAGACCAUUCUAUUUAUACAAUGAUAACUUUGAGGAGUUUUCUGAAGGUUUUGAAAAUUACUGAUGUGAUUGGUUGAAUUUAUCUUUGAGAUGAUAAUUACCAUAGUACUAUUUAGUGUAAAUAUACAUUUGUAACUUGUUAUAAGCAUGGUAUUGAAAUUUGAGGUUUUUUUUUCUUUUUUAAUUUGAAUGUCUUGAAAAAAAUCUUUACCCUUUCCUUACUAAGAGUUCUAGAUCUUGCCCCUGAAACUUGGUGAAAUAUCAACACCUCAAUCUGGGAGCACAGUGAGCCUUUGGCUGUGUUUCAGAAUCGACAUUUAGCCUAUAGGUUGACACUGAUAUUCUCCAUUGGGUGCUUGGGUUCCAUUUUUGAUUCUGACUUUGGGUACAGUUUUCUGCCAGUGCAGACCCUAGAGUGCAGUAGUGAUGACUCAAGAAAUUGGAUUUCUACCACUCAUGUUGAAGACCUGGGUUAUAUUUUUAGCUCCUGGCUUAGGACCCAUCAAAUCCCAUGGUUUUUAGAAAUAUGGGGAGUGAACCAGCAGGUUGGAGCUCUCUCCAUGUCUGUCUGAGAUAAUACUGAAAAAUUAAAUAAAAGUUAAACAGUGACAUUGAACGUAAUUGAAAAAAAAAAAACACAUCUCUGGGCUUUGUUUAAAGUAACAUACUCUAUUUUCAGUUUCAAGUCAUCUUUAGAGGUCAAAUUGUGAAUUCAAUGGUUAAUAAUGUUAUACUUACUAUAGUUUCAAUGGUCAUUUUUCCCAUUCAAUUAUUGUUUAUAGCCAUUAUCUAUAAACCCUAUAAACCAUUGUCUAUAAACCCUAUAACACCCUAGGAAACUAAGGUCUUUUGCUUUUUAUUUGUUAAACUUCUUAUUCAGUGAAGUAUUAAGCAUUUUUACUGUAAUGUAAAUUUAAAAUGUUAUCUCAAAAACAAAUGGAAAAGAGGGUAGAAGGGAGGAAGGAAAUAUCAUUAUGUUCUUAGAAUUGUAUCUACAAAGAACAUUGAAUCUGGUAAAAACUGAUUAAAAUUUUUUAAAAAGCCUUUAAAAUAUGCAUAAUAAGGUAAAAUUUUUCUUUUAAGCCUGUUAAACUAAAAAUCCAUGUGUCAAAUACACUUAUAUACACAGUUUGCUCAAUCCCAAAUUAGCAAAAGCUGUAAUUCAACACAUAAAUUACUCUUAAAUGUGUGCUUUGCAUUUUUCUUUCAAAUAAAAUUAAGGAAUUAAACAAAGAAAAAGAAAAGACUCUACCUGAAGUAUAAUUUAAACAGAAUUAUCUGAAUUCUGAUAAUUCACUAAGAAAGUCAUUUCCUACAACUGAAAUAUAAGCAAAAAAUUUCAUGUGUUACCACCUACUUAUGUGAACAAAUUGCUAUUAUUAUGAAAAAUGGAAGGAGACUAUCAUUAAAAAAUCUUGAUAAAGAUUUGUGUAUAGCCAUCCACCCAGACCAAGUGGGAUUUAUCCCUGGUAUGCAGGGAUGGUUUAAUGUGCGCAAGACAAUCAAUGUGAUACACCACAUUAACAGACUGUAGAAGAAAACCAUAUGAUUAUCUCAAUAGAUGCCGAGAAAGCAUUUGAUAAAAUACAACACCCGUUCAUGAUGAAAACUCUAAGCAAACUGGGUUUGGAAGGAACAUUCCUCAAUACAAUCAAAGCAAUCUAUGAAAAACCCACAGCCAACAUCCUAUUGAAUGGGGAAAAGUUGGAAGCAUUUCCACUGAAAUCUGGAACCAGACAGGGAUGCCCACUCUCACCACUGCUAUUCAAUAUAGUUCUGGAAGUUCUAGCCAGAGCUAUUAGGCAAGAAAAAGUAAUUAAAGGGAUACAAAUUGGGAAGGAAGAACUCAAACUAUCCCUCUUUGCAGAUGACAUGAUUCUGUAUUUAGGGGACCCAAAGAACUCUACUAAGAGACUAUUGGAACUCAUAGAAGAGUUUGGCAAAGUAGCAGGGUAUAAAAUCAAUGCACAAAAAUCAACAGCCUUUGUAUACACAGACAAUGCCAUGGCUGAGGAAGAACUUCUAAGAUCAAUCCCAUUCACAAUAGCUACAAAAACAAUCAAAUACCUUGGAAUAAACUUAACCAAAGACGUUAAAGAUCUCUACGAUGAAAAUUACAAAACCUUAAAGAAAGAAAUAGAAGAGGAUACCAAGAAAUGGAAAAAUCUUCCAUGCUCAUGGAUUGGAAGAAUCAAUAUCAUCAAAAUGUCCAUUCUCCCAAAAGCAAUUUACAGAUUCAAUGCAAUACCAAUCAAGAUACCGAAGACCUUCUUCUCAGAUCUGGAAAAAAUGGUGCUGAAAUUUAUAUGGAGGCACAAGAGACCUCGAAUAGCUAAAGCAAUCUUGUACAACAAAAACAAAGCCGGAGGCAUCACAAUACCAGAUUUCAGGACAUACUACAGGGCAGUUGUAAUUAAAACAGCAUGGUACUGGUACAGAAACAGAUGGAUAGACCAAUGGAACAGAAUUGAAACACCAGAAAUCAACCCAAACAUCUACAGCCAACUUAUAUUUGAUCAAGGAUCUAAAACUAAUUCCUGGAGCAAGGACAGUCUAUUCAAUAAAUGGUGCUGGGAAAAUUGGAUUUCUACGUGCAGAAGCAUGAAGCAAGACCCCUACCUUACACCUUACACAAAAAUCCACUCAACAUGGAUUAAAGACCUAAAUCUACGACCUGACACCAUCAAGUUACUAGAGAACAUUGGAGAAACCCUUCAAGAUAUUGGCACAGGCAAAGAAUUUCUGGAAAAGACCCGGGAGGCACAGGAAGUCAAAGCCAAAAUCAACUAUUGGGAUUGCAUCAAAUUGAGAAGUUUCUGUGCUGCAAAAGAAACAGUCAGGAGAGUGAAGAGACAACCGACAGAAUGGGAAAAAAUAUUUGCAAACUAUGCAACAGAUAAAGGGUUAAUAACCAGAAUCUACAAAGAGAUCAAGAAACUCCACAAAAACAAAACCAACAACCCACUUAAGAGAUGGGCCAAGGACCUCAAUAGAUAUUUUUCAAAAGAGGAAAUCCAAAUGGCCAACAGGCACAUGAAAAAAUGUUCAAGGUCAUUAGCAAUCAGGGAAAUGCAAAUCAAAACCACAAUGAGGUUUCACCUCACCCCGGUUAGAAUGGCUCACAUGCAGAAAUCUACCAACAACAGAUGCUGGCGAGGAUGUGGGGAAAAAGGGACACUAACCCACUGUUGGUGGGAAUGCAAGCUGGUCAAGCCACUAUGGAAGUCAGUCUGGAGAUUCCUCAGAAACCUGAAGAUAACCCUACCGUUCGACCCAGCCAUCCCACUCCUUGGAAUUUACCCAAAGGAAUUUAAAUUGGCAAACAAAAAAGCGGUCUGCACCCUAAUGUUUAUUGCAGCUCAAUUCACAAUAGCUAAGACCUGGAACCAACCUAAAUGCCCAUCAACGAUAGACUGGAUAAAGAAAUUAUGGGAUAUGUACUCUUUAGAAUACUAUACCGCAGUAAGAAACAACGAAAUCCAGUCAUUUGCAACAAAAUGGAGGAAUCUGGAACACAUCAUGCUGAGUGAAAUAAGCCAGUCCCAAAGGGACAAAUACCAUAUGUUCUCCCUGAUCGGUGACGACUGACUGAACACCAAGAGGGAAACCUGUUGGAGUGAGGUGGACACUAUGGGAAAUGGUGGCUUGAUCAGCAUAGCCCUGACUGUUAAUGAACAACUUAAUACAUUAUCCCUCUUAGUAGUUUUUUUUAUCUGUUCUACUUAAUAUGACUGGUUUAGAUCUGUAAUUGAUGCACAGUUAUUCUUAAGUGUUGAAAAUUAACUGAAAUGUGAUCCCUGUUGAACAUGGUGGUGGGAAUGGGAGAGGGAAGAGAUGUAUAAUUUGGGACAUGCUCAGGCUGACUUGCCCCAAGUGGUGGAGUUGGAAGCAUACCAGGGGAUUCCAAUUCAGUCCCAUCGAGGUGGCAUGUACCAAUGCCAUCUCACUGUUCCAGGUGAUCAGUUUCAGUUCACAGUUGGUCAUGGUGAAGGGACUGGGAGUCAAAGGGAACACAUAGACAAGUCUAGUACCUGCUAACGCUAACCGAUGGAGUAAAUAAAGGGGAGAGUGAUCCAACAUGGGAAGUGAGAUACUCAGCAGACUCAUAGAAUGGCAGAUGUCCUAAAUAGCACUCUGGCCUCAGAAUCAGCCCUAAAGGCAUUCGGAGCUGGCUGAAAAGCUCAUGAGAGUAUUUCAGGCAUGGAAAGCCAAGACACUCUGGCAAAAGAUCUCUGCGAGUGAGAUCCCAGUGGAAAGAACAGGUCAUCAAAGAAGGAGGUACCUUUCUCUGAAGGGAGGAGAGAACCUCCACUUUGACUAUGACCUUGUCUAAACAAGAUAAGAGUCGGAGAACUCAGAGGGCUUCCAUAGCCUUGGAAACUCAUGACUGGAGCAUAGGGAGAUUACUGAUGCCAUAGACAGGAGUGUCAAUUGGUAAAGUCAACAACAGGAGUCACUGUGCACUUACUCCUCAUGUAGGAUCUCUAUCCUUAAUGUGCUGUACAUUGAGAUUUAAUGCUAUAACGAGUACUCAAACAAUAUAUUUCACUUUGUGUUUCUAUGGGGGUGCAAACUGUUGAAAUCCUUACUUAAUGCAUA